GGGCCCGCGCCGCGUCCCUGCUCCCCCCAGCGCCGAUCUUAUCGCCCGACGACAGCCAUCGCUGUGCGGGCGGGCUGACAGCUGAAGCCACAAGGCCCCCGCCGCCCUCAGCGUCGCGGAGAGAGACCGCUCCUCUGCACCCCCCGACACUGAGAGAAGCCGGCCCUCCCCGGUCUAAAGCCUCCGGGGAUCACGCCGGUUCCGGGAAAGCAGCUGCACUGCCGCCGCUCGGAGAAGUGGGGCCACCCGGGGGAGCCGAGAAGGCGAGACGGGUGAAGCCGCCUGAAACCCAUACGAGUCCGCGCGCCUCCAGUUCCACCCUACAUUUUGCCCUAUGAGGAGAGGACCCGGGUCUGCCCGGCCUCAGCCCCUGGACUCUCUGGUGGCUCGAGCCAACUCUGCAGUCAGGAGAGUUCCUCCCUGCUCCAACGGAGCGACAGGACGCGGGCCGAAGCUUGAGGCUGUUGGGGGGUGAAGGUGGGCUCUGGAGCUGAGGCUAAACCCAGGUGAGGAGAGGCGCUGAAGGCGGGGCCAGACCCUUAUUACCAUACAGCUGAGGACGCGCCCCCCUUCUUCUACCUCGGGGACCACGCCCUCCUACCCCCAGCACGGGUACCACGCGUCUGGGGACUGGCACGCGCGGAGCCCAGGCGGGAGGCAGAAGGGAGGAGGCACGCGCUGGACACGCCCCCCAUAACUGGGGAGGGAGAUGCCCACCAGGUGGAGGGGCCGAGCCCCCGAGUCUUAGAUGCUUGGUCCCUCGCCUAGCACGGAGUGGCCACAGAGAGGUUAAUGCGUCCUCUGGCUUCCCUGCUGCGCGCGGGGGGGGGGGCGGGGGGGUGGACGCUCACAGGUUGGGGGCCGACGACGCCAGGGCUCCCGAAGUUCCGGGAAGGUGAAGGAGACUGGAGUCCUUUAGCACUGGUUUCGCUUUCUGAGCUUAAGUUCUUUUUACCUUCUCCAGGGCUGCAGGUAACUAACGCCGGCCGUGGUCACACCGCCGACGGGGACUCCCCCCUGUCUCCGCCCCCACGACCAUCCGGGAACCACUCGCUCACCUCCCGCCCCAUUCCCCCUGGCCCUCCCCGUGUCCUCCCACUGCCGGGGUCUCGGCCUGUAUCCACGCGAUUGCGGAGAACUGGUCACCUCGGCACGCGCUGAGCUGGGGGACCCAGGGGCUGAGAGCGGCACAGAGGGGCGGGGACCUGUGCCUGACUGGCUGGCUGGGAGGGGGGAAGGCGGGGGCGGAGGCCCCCUCCGGGCGGUGCUGGGGCUGUAGCAGCUAGAGGCCCGAGGGGAGGGGAGAGUGACCACGAGUCUGAGUGACAGGCGGGUGAAGAGAGCAGCCAAUAUAUAUAAGGAAAGCUCCCGAGAGCGCAGGUUUCAGUAGCGGCGCUGAGCGCAGGCUGGGAACGCGAGGCCAAGAGCUGCAGCUCAAGCCGCCUCAGUGCAGUGUACCCGGACACUAGCCUGCUUACAGCCCCAGGAUUAGUCCGAGGACACGUCCUCAGCGCGGCCGCCACCCAGCCGCCCUCACCUGGAUUACCUACCGUGGCAGUUGGAGCGGAGCUAGCGAGAAGGAGAGGCGGGAGGAAAACCCCGAGCGGAGCCUGGCUUUUCAGGGACCCCUCUGGCGGUUGGACGCGCGGGAACGGUUCACAACCGGCGGGUGCAGAGAGCGACGCCCCAGGGAAUGGCAGCCGCAACCCGUAGCGCCUCUGGCUGGGCGCUACUGCUGCUGGUGGCACUUUGGCAGGAGCGCGCGGCCGGCUCUGGAGUCUUCCAGCUGCAGCUGCAGGAGUUUGCCAACGAGCGCGGCGUACUCGCCAGCGGGCGGCCGUGCGAACCCGGCUGCCGGACCUUCUUCCGCGUCUGCCUUAAGCACUUCCAGGCGGUCUUCUCACCCGGGCCCUGCACCUUCGGCAGCGUCUCCACGCCUGUGCUGGGCACCAACUCCUUCGCCGUCGGCGACGACAGUAGCGGCGGGGGACGCAACCCUCUCCAGCUGCCCUUCAAUUUCACCUGGCCGGGUACCUUCUCACUCAUCAUUGAAGCUUGGCACGCGCCAGGAGACGACCUGCGGCCAGAGGCCUUGCCACCAGACGCGCUCAUCAGCAAGAUCACCAUCCAGGGCUCCCUAGCUGUGGGCCAGAACUGGUUACCGGAUGAGCAGACCAGCCCUCUCACAAGGCUGCGCUACUCUUACCGGGUCAUCUGCAGUGACAACUACUAUGGGGACAGCUGCUCACGGCUAUGCAAGAAGCGCAAUGACCACUUCGGCCACUACGUGUGCCAGCCAGAUGGCAGCCUGUCCUGCCUGCCCGGCUGGACUGGGGAGUACUGCGAACAGCCUGUCUGUCUUUCGGGCUGUCAUGAACAGAAUGGCUACUGCAGCAAGCCAGCAGAGUGCAUCUGCCGCCCAGGCUGGCAGGGCCGCCUGUGCAACGAAUGCAUCCCCCACAACGGCUGUCGCCAUGGCACCUGCAGCACCCCCUGGCAAUGCACUUGUGAUGAGGGGUGGGGAGGCCUAUUCUGUGACCAAGAUCUCAACUACUGCACCCAUCAUUCCCCGUGCAAGAAUGGGGCGACGUGCUCCAACAGUGGGCAGCGGAGCUAUACCUGCACCUGUCGCCCAGGCUACACUGGCGUGGACUGUGAGCUGGAGCUCAGCGAGUGUGACAGCAACCCCUGUCGCAAUGGAGGCAGCUGUAAGGACCAGGAGGACAGCUACCGCUGCCUGUGUCCCCCGGGCUACUAUGGCCUGCACUGCGAACACAGCACCUUGAGUUGUGCCGACUCUCCCUGCUUCAAUGGGGGCUCCUGUCGGGAGCGCAACCAGGGGACCAGCUAUGCCUGUGAAUGUCCCCCCAACUUCACUGGCUCCAACUGCGAGAAGAAAGUGGACAGGUGUACCAGCAAUCCGUGUGCCAAUGGGGGCCAGUGCCUGAACCGAGGUCCGAACCGCAUGUGCCGCUGCCGUCCUGGAUUCACAGGCGCCCACUGUGAAAUCCACAUCAGCGACUGUGCUCGCAGCCCUUGUGUCCAUGGCGGCACUUGCCGCAACCUGGAGAACGGGUUCGCGUGCACCUGCCCUGCUGGCUUCUCUGGCCGGCGCUGCGAGGUGCGGAUGCCCACCGACGCCUGUGCCUCGGGACCCUGCUUCAACGGGGCCACCUGCUACGCCAGCCUCCCCCCGGACAACUUCGUCUGCAACUGCCCCUACGGCUUUGUGGGCAGCCGCUGCGAGUUCCCCAUGAGCAUGCCCCCCAGCUUCCCCUGGGUGGCCGUCUCCCUGGGCGUGGGACUGGUGGUGCUGCUGGUGCUACUGUGCAUGGUGGCAGUGGCGGUGCGGCAGCUGCGGCUCAGGCGGCCUGACGACGGCAGCAGGGAGGCCAUGAACAACCUGUCGGACUUCCAGAAGGACAACCUGAUCCCCGCCGCCCAGCUCAAGAACACAAACCAGAAGAAGGAGCUGGAAGUGGACUGUGGCCUGGACAAGUCCAACUGUGGCAAACAACAGAACCACACAUUGGACUAUAAUCUGGCCCCAGGACCCCUGGGGCGGGGGAUCCUGCCCGGGAAGUAUCCCCACAGUGACAAGAGCUUAGGGGAGAAGGCGCCACUGCGGAUACACAGUGAAAGGCCAGAGUGUCGGAUAUCAGCGAUAUGCUCCCCCAGGGACUCCAUGUACCAGUCUGUGUGUUUGAUAUCAGAAGAGAGGAACGAAUGUGUCAUUGCCACAGAGGUAUAAGGCAGGAGCCUCCCCAGGACAUCCCAGCUUCGCCCCAGCAGCUGGACCUUCCUUCUGCAUUGUUUACAUUGCAUCCUGGAUGGGACAUUUUUUAAUAUGCAACGUGCUGCUCUCAGGAGGAAGAGGGAAUGGCAUGAACUGGACAGACUGUGAACUUGCCAAGAGAUGCAGUACCCUUCCACAUCUUUGGGUGUCUGUCUGGCAUCAGAUUGGCAGCCACGCCAGCCAGGGGAACAGAGGAGAGGAGAGGUGCCACUUGGACCCGCCCUGCCAGCAGUGGCCUUCAGAGGGCUCCUUUGGGGCUCUGGCCUAUUUUCCAGAGAGAGUGGCAGUGGCCCCGUGGGGCCCGGAGCUGCUGUGGCCUCCACUGGCAUCUGUGUUUCCGAAAGUGCCUUGGACCAGGCUCCAUGGCGACAGCUGGGUCCAAAUCAGAGAGGAGAGAGGAGGCCAGUAAGGGCAGGGCCGUCUGUGGGCCAGGAAACCAUCUGGUUCAGCUCUUGGCAGGAGUGUCCCUGCAGGUGAGGUGAGCGCCCCGAGAGGAGCGGGAGAAGCAUUUUCUGCCCGUGCCUCCAGCCGCUGCACGUGGGCCUCGCUCCUAACACCAUCCCUGCCUCUCCCUGGCCCAGGCUCUCUGGGGAAGGAUACUGGUAAGCCUUACCUGGCUUCCACAGCCUCUGGCCCUGGGUGCCUUGGGCUCCUGUGAGCAGAUAGGUGGAGGGCCUGCCCCUCUUCCCAGCCAGAGGCAACAGGCCUAACUGGGGAGCUCAGGGCAGUGAUGAUGGAAAUUCCAGUGAGGGAGAAAUUGGGUGCUGUCGCCACCUAGGACCUUUCCUCCCUCAAGCCCAUUCCCAAGGCCUCGAGCCUGGGCUCUGCCCACACCCACUACUGCCCCCAGACUACCCUUGAAGCCGAUCUUCAGAAAUCAAUAAUAUGAGUUUUUAUUUUGUUUUUUUUUUUUUUGUAGUUUAUUUUGGAGUCUAGUAUUUCGAUAAUUUAAGAAUCAGAAGCACUGACCUUUCUACAUUUUAUAACAUUAUUUUGUAUAUAAUGUGUAUUUAUAAUAUGGAACAGAUGUGUACAGGA